CAAGAACUUGUGCUCUUAUAUUUUUUUUAUAGCAAUGAGCAACGAGUUAAUUGAUGUAUUGCGUGCUGCCUCGAGCCAAGAUGUAAAUCUUGUAAAGUUAGCUGAAGAAAAGAUUGAGUUUUGGCAAUCAAGUCCAGGAUUUGCAUCAAUGCUCUUGGAUGUUUUUAUCAGAAAAGAUCUUGAUGUCCCAGUACGAUGGAUGGCAAUAAUUUGUUUAAAAAACACUGUUCAAAAAUAUUGGAGAAGAUGUGGCAAAAUCGGUAUUCCAGAAGAUGAGAAGAAUCUAAUACGUAGUAAAAUAAUGCUUGAUUUAGAGGAACCUGUUGGCCAGCUAGCAGUUCAACUUGCUGUUGUUAUAGCAAAGAUUGUGAGAGUUGAUGUUCAGAUAUGGCCAGAAGCAAUUCAAAUUGCACUUCAGGGUGUGAAAUCAGAUAAAUCUGUAGUCCAACAUCGCUCAUUGUUAAUACUUAAUCGAAUAAUGAAUGAGUUAGCAUCCAAAAGAUUAAUGUCAGACAGAAAAAUAUUUGAAAAUAUCUCUGCAAGUAUUUUUAACUAUUUACAUGAACUGAGUUCUAGUUAUUCAACUUUUAAAAAUGCAGAGGACUUUUUACUUGUAUAUGAUAUGUAUAUUCUUGUCACAAAGGUUCUCAGAAAAAUUCUUAUUUAUGGAACCAAAAAAUUCCAGCCUGAUUCAGAACAAGCUUUAUAUCUUCAUGGAUGCUUUAAAAAUGUCUCCUUGCUUCUUCAAAUAAAAAAUAACUUACAAUGUAAAGAAAAAGCAGAAAAAUCUAUCAUUUUAUUUAUGAAAAUUUUUUCAGAUUGUAUAAGUCAACAACCAUUAUCAUUUGUUGCAUUGUUAGAACCUGCAAUAAUACUUUGCUUAGAGACAAUUAUGACCGCUAGCAGCAGUUGUGAUUUUAAAUUGUUUUUAAUUUACUGUGGAAACCUACUUAAAGACAUAAUUAUUUCUUAUAAAAAGCAAGCCAAAGUCAGCAUAGAAAAAAGUGAACCAUUAUUAACUGCAAGUGUUAUUAAAAGUAAGUGGCUUUCAGAUGACUGUGUAGAAAAACUUUGUAAUUAUAUUAUAUAUAAUUAUUUUCCACUUAAUCAACAAGAUUUAGAAGAAUGGUUAACAAAUCCUGAAGAUUAUACUAUAGUUGAAGCUGGAGAGUCACACAAGUUUCUUCUGGGUCCUUGCAUGGAGGCUUUGUUUGUCAGUUUGUUUUAUGAAUACAAAUCUAUUGUGAUACCACGUAUCUUACAAAGUGUUAAUGAUGUUAAUAAUAUUGGAAAUCCUAAUUCAAUGGAAGUACUUUUAAAAUGUUGUGCUGUCCUGAAAGCUGUUGGGUUAUCUUCAUAUGAACUGUUUGACGACCUUGAUUUUGACUGUUGGUUUCAAAGAACUCUUUUGCCAAUACUUCGCAGUAAUGGGCCCAAUCAAACCAUCCUUCAUCAACAUGUUAUAUGGCUAAUUGGAUGUUGGAUCAAUGUAAAGUUUUCAAAGGCUAACCGCAUUACACUGUACGAAAUUUUGUGUAGCAUAAUUCAAAAUGAAACUGAUGUAGUCAUUAAAAUUACAGCUUGCAAAACGCUUCAUACAGCAAUCGAUGAUUUUGAUUUUGAAGUAGAUACAUUCACACCUUAUGCAAAUAAUAUAUUUACCGCUUUGUGUAAGCUACUUGCUGCUGUUGAAUUGUGUGAUUUGAAAAUGUCUGUGCUUAGUGUUAUCAGCCUUAUUAUUGAACGAUUAAAUAGACAUGUUGCAAAUAGUUUAGACCUCCUAAUUCAAUAUCUUCCUCAACUUUGGGAGAUUUCUGUGGAACAUAAUCUUUUACGAGGAGCUGUAAUUAAUGUUUUAGUGCAUGUGGUGAAGGGUCUUGGUUUUGAAAGUGAUCGAAUAUGGCAAAUAACUUUACCUGUUAUUCUGUUUAGCACGUCAGUUGAUCAGCCUGCUCAUGUGUAUUUGUUAGAAGACGGGUUAGAGUUGUUUCUUUCUGUAAUACAAAACAGCAAAACAAUUAAUGAAGAUAUUUUAGUUAUGUUUAAAAACAUUUUGGCACUGUAUGAAAGGGCUUCUGAAACCUUUGAUUUAUGUCUUUCAAUUACAAAGGCUUACUUAAUACUGGAUGCAAUUUCUUUUUUAAAGAUUUAUUCCUCAAACUUAUGUCAAGUGUUUUCUGAGCUACUAGAUUAUGUUAAAGAACCAUCAGUUGUGAAAAUAACUCAAAUAGUUAAGUUGUCAGUAUUACUAGUACCUAAGGAAGCCAUAAUUUAUUUUCAAAAAAUUCUUUUUUUGGCAUUAGACUGUGUUAUUCGAGACACUAAUUCACCUCCUGUAAUGAAUGAAUAUAUAACUACUUUAGCAUGUGUUUGUCUCUUGCAACCAAAUCUUUUUAGUGAACUUAUAAGUUCAUUUGCUUCUUUAAAGCAAUCUUCUGUUGAUGAUUUAAUGGAUAAGUUGCUGGACGUAUGGUUAGAAAAAAUUGACUGUAUGCCUUUAGAACAGAAGAAGUGUACUGCUUUAGCGCUAAGCUCGUUGCUUCCACAUAAAGCAAAAUUUGUAUACAACCGCAUUGCAUUAAUUCUUGAUCUUUGUGUCAAUGUUAUGUUUGAUUUGCAGAAAUGUUUGGAUGCAGAUAGCAGUAAAGAUUAUUUGGUCACGGAUCGAGAAGAUAGAGACGAUGAAAGCACAGACGCUGUAUCUUGCAGAGAUCGUGAGAUAUUAUCAAAGGACCCUGCACACACUAUUGUUUUUCACGACUUUUGUCGAAAUGUUCUUAACGAAUGUAAGACUUCAUAUGGUGAACUUCUAUUUAAUGAGGCUAUAGAGGCUAUGGAUUCUGCUGUUGCUAAGCAACUAAUGACACUUAUUUCUUAAACUUUAUAAUGUCAAUUGUCAACUGCGAACAGUUUUUUUUAAACAAAAGUAAAUUAUUUUUAUAUCAGUUCUUUAAAAAAAA